CUUGCAACUCUCUUUGUACGCAUAUUGCCAUAAUUUCCGAGAGACUUUUACAAUGAGUCAAAUUACGCCGACCUAUUCUAUGAGAGUAUUUGGAAGAUGCAGUUCAAUGUCUCCGGAAGUGUGGCACCGACUCCAUGAGUCUUCACACAACGUGCGAAAGGCCCAAAGUUGGAACACCCAGACUCCACCUCCGCUGCUUUUUUUAAGUUUCAAUAUUUCGGAGUCAUUUGUAAUGAAUCUUGGUAAUGCUGUUAGCAUUCGCAGAACUAAUGCCAUGUUAACAAGUUCGUUCUUAUCGAAUCUACCAUAUUUGCCGAAGAACCGAUUUUGGAAUCUCCUUAUGUCUUUUCACCACCAAGCAUCACCAAGCACAUUUCUAGCCGCAUAACAUCGCAAUAAGGCAGUUGAAGUCUACCAUCUGGGCAGCGCUGUU